GCAUCUCAUCUUCUGGUCAGCGGCCCGUUUGCUGCUUACUCCAAACAACCUCCACACAUCCCUGCGACGUCGGGGCCGCCCUUGAAACUCCAUCACCCUGCCUGGUUGCCCCGGGGGCCUUGCCGUGCAUGCACCUCCCACCUCGGACGAGACAACUUGAACACAACACAACACAUACUCCAUACAGCAGAAUUGCCCGUACUGAACAUGUCGGCAACUCGAUUUGUGCGGCGCACUCUUCAGCGCAGAGAUGACGACGACGACGAUGAUCGCACGGAAUCAUGGGGUCUUGACGACGAUGAUAACGAUGAAGGUUAUUGGUGGUAUAGCGAUGAGGGAGUGAUCGUCAAGUGGUCAAUCCUUGCCGUCAUCAUCGUUCUAUUUACCCUCUGGAUCGUGGGCGGAUACUGGCAUGCAAAGAGGAGGAUCGCAAAGGGUCUACGACCUCUGGCAUACCAUCGAUGCUUUGUGAGCAGGCGCAUGAUGGCACAGGUCGACCCAAGAUACGCAUAUCACCCACAACCAUAUUAUGCUAGCUACCCGGGGCCAGACGGACACAACUAUGUGCAGCCUGGUGGAUAUCCCAUGUACAACAUGCCUCCUCCGGUAUACGACCCGUCACGGCCUCCCAUGUAUGAAGAGCCUCCCGAAGGUGGCUCUAAGAUCGACCCGACGCAAGGACAGAGACGGGGCGACGGACCUGCAGACUACCAGGCACCACCAGGACCACCUCCUGCGAGAUAG